AGGACUGUAGCCGAGUUUAUGGCCGUUCUCCCGACGGAAACCUCUCACCUGAUGCCUGCCUUCUGGGACUCCCCGCUCAGUCACGGCAUCAAUGUGUUCGUCGGACUGGUACUUUGCUUCACUAUGUUGGGGCUGGGCUGCACGGUGGAGGUCAGCCAGCUCGGAGAACAUAUCCGCCGACCCAUCGGGGUGCUCCUGGCUCUGGUGUGUCAGUUUGUUAUCAUGCCACUAGUGGCUUUUCUUUUGGCGCUAGCCUUUUCUUUGGAUGAUGUGGCGGCGAUGGCCGUGCUCCUCUGUGGCUGCUGUCCUGGAGGAAACUUGUCAAAUAUUAUGUCUCUGCUUGUGCACGGAGAGAUGAACCUAAGCAUCAUCAUGACCAUAUCCUCCACUCUGCUGGCGCUCGUUUUGAUGCCGCUCUGCCUCUGGAUCUACAGUCGAGCCUGGAUCAACACCCCUGUGGUUAACCUCCUGCCCUUUGGGGCCAUCAUACUGACACUUUGCAGCACCCUCAUCCCCAUUGGGUUUGGAGUUAUGCUUAGGUACCGCUACACGCGAGUGGCGGAUAUUGUUUUAAAGGCUUCUCUGUGGUCAUUGUUGUUCACCCUUGUGUUACUCUUCAUCCUUACUGGAGCAAUGCUGGGGCCAGAGCUUCUCUCCACCAUCCCGCCUUCUGUCUACGUGGUGGCUGUGCUGAUGCCUCUGUGCGGUUACGCCGCAGGUUACGGGCUGGCAGUGCUUUUUGACUUGCCUCCCAACAGUCGCAGGGCCGUGUCUCUGGAGACGGGCUGCCAGAAUGUGCAGCUGUGUACGGCUAUCCUGAAGCUGGCCUUCCCUCCUCAGCUGAUGGGGGGGAUGUACAUGUUUCCCCUGCUCUACGCCCUGUUCCAAGCAACCGAGGCUGGGAUUUUCAUCCUGGCCUACAGGAUGUACAGGAGGGAGGUCCUGCAUAAACCAGAUCCCAUGGUGGACGGUGAGGACACGGACAUAAAUUAUCAAAGGUUUGAAGACGAGGACUUUGAACCGUCAUAUGGUGCGGUGACAGUGAGCGACCCAAACACUAUCAUGCUGGAUCCUUGUCCUCCUGAUCCAACUCCAGUUUAA